UGCAAUUCUGACCCUGUCUUUCACCACAAUGCAAGUUUACUAAUCGUGCUUGGGACUUUACAUAUUGGAGCAUAAAUACGUUCGAUAGGCCUGGAGUAUUUCCGCUUACUCUGUUUCCCAGCCCUUUCAAGUAGCCCGCUACCCACUUACCAAGUCUUUAAGUCCGACCAGCCGCACGUCUAUCAUCAUGGCAUCGAAACUCAUCGCUAUCGUCGCUGGUGUCGGGCCUGGCACAGGAGCUGCAGUCGCUCGCAAGUUCGCAGCCACUUAUCCUGUCGUUCUGUUAGCGAGGAAGCCAGAGAACUUUGAAAGCCUAGCAAAGGAGAUCAACCAGAGUGGAGGGAAAGCCAUUGGAAUCAGUACGGAUAUCUCAGAUUCAAAGAGCGUGAAAAAUGCUAUCGAUGUUAUCAAGAAGGAGUUUGGCUCUGAUGUCGGAGCUGCGGCGGCUAUCUUUAAUGCCAGCGGCGGAUUCCUCAGGAAACCUUUCUUGGAAGUGCCAGACGAUGUCUUUGCAACAUCUUUCGCUGUUAGUGCGACAGGCGGGGUCCUCUUCUCGAAAGCAACACUUCCACUACUCCUCAAGGGCGUGGAGCUCAAAUCCCCUCACCCACCAUCGCUGAUCUUUACAGGCGCAACAGCGUCAGUCAAGUCCAAUGCUCAGAUGGCAUCUUUUGCGGUUGGCAAGUGGGCUUUGCGAGCAUUGAGCCAGUCUCUUGCGAAAGAGUUCGGUCCGAAGGGAGUGCAUGUCUCUCAUGCUAUCAUCGAUGGCGUGAUCGAUAUUCCAAGGACGAAGGAAUGGCUGAAAGACUUGGGGCCUGAGGCAAAGCUGAGUGCUGAUGGGAUCGCCAACGACUAUUGGAAUCUUCAUACACAACCUGUGACCAACUUCACUUGGGAGAUUGAUUUGAGGCCUGCUGUGGAGAAGUGGUAAAGUCAACUCGUAUCCAAAUAUGACAACGUUGCUGAGCCAUGCAAUUAUAAUGGACGUGAGUCCAGGUCACGAUCACCAGGUGUUUGCUCGACUUAAGACCACCUUCAUGUAGGUCAAAUAUUCAACAGUGGAGGAUGCUCUUUCAAUGAUGGAGUUGAUCAUGAACUGUUCCUGACGUCCUUCUCUUCAUUCCAGAGUUUCUCGGUUGCACUAGCGCAUUCCCAACGUUUUGUCUACUUAACUUCGUUGGUAGUUCAACAUUCAUUGGAUUGAAACUCCACGUAUUGUCUAGCUUCUUCAAAUUCAAGUAAAUGCCACAACUACUAAAA